UUUGGAGACUUACUAAAAGAAAGAGGCAGGUUGCUUUCAACAUCCUCACCCCUGGAGGAUUUGUCCACUCGAGGAUCCAAGUGCUGCAGAACAUGUUCUAAAGAGGGUAACUGCGAUCAUUGAAAUGUAUUUGAGAUGCAAGAGAAAGAACUUUUGGAUCUUAAAACUUUGUUGGUGAAGACAAAAAGGGAGUUUGAAGAUCUGCAGUUCCAGUUUCAGACAGAUCUAAAACAGCUAGGCAAUCAAGUCCAGGAGAUGUCUACUGCUGCCCUUGGAUAUCAUAAAGUGGUGAAGGAAAAUCGAAACCUUUACAACAUGGUUCAGGAUUUAAAAGGAAAUAUACGAGUAUACUGCAGAAUUAGACACAUUUUUAAUGCGGAAGCCAAAAAUGUGGUAGAUUUUAUUGGAGAAGAUGGUUCACUUGUGAUUGUUGACCCUUCAAAACCCCAUAGAGAUGGAAGGAAAGUGUUUCAGUUUAAUCGGGUUUUCAGUCCACUUGCUACUCAAGAUGAUGUGUACAUGGAUACUCAACCUUUGAUUAGAUCAGUUAUGGAUGGUUACAAUGUCUGCAUCUUUGCUUAUGGUCAAACUAGAUCAGGUAAAACACAUACAAUGAGUGGUCCAUCAGGCGAACUGACAAAGGACAUGGGGAUUAAUUACUUGGCUCUCAACGAUCUCUUCGAGUUGUCUAACAGAAGGAAGGACAUUAUAACUUAUGAUAUUCAUGUUCAGAUGGUUGAAAUAUAUAAUGAGCAAGUGCGUGAUCUCCUUGCUGAGGAUUCAGCAUCCUCAAGAUUAAAGAUUCGAAGCUGUACCAGCGACGGUGGCUUGAGCCUUCCAGAUGCUACCAUGCAUUCUGUCAAGUCCACAGCUGAUGUGGUCAACCUAAUGAAAUUUGGUGAUGUGAAUCGUGUCGUCAGUUCUACAGCACUGAACAAUAGAAGUAGCCAGUCUCACAGUGUGCUGACAGUACAUGUUCAAGGGAAAGAUGUAUCUGGAUCCAUCCUCCGCAGUUGCCUGCAUUUGGUUGAUCUUGCAGGAAGUGAACGGGUAGAUAGAUCUGAAGUCACAGGAGAGAGACUGAAGGAGGCACAGUACAUUAACCAGUCUUUGUCUUGUCUGGGAGAUGUUAUCACAGCUUUGGCCCAGAAAAACUCCCAUGUACCUUACUGCAAUAGCAAACUUACGCUUCUGCUGCAAGAUUCCCUAGGAGGAAAUGCGAAGACAUUGAUGCUGGCUCAUGUGAACCCUGAGAGAGAUUCAUUUGGGGAAUCAAUGAGUACCUUGAAGUUUGCCCGGAGAGUUUCAAUGGUUGAACUUGGUGCUGCACGCAUGAACAAAGAGACCAGUGAGGUCAUGCAACUCAAAGAGCAGGGGGCUGGAUCUGUCGAUUUGGCAAAAAUGAGAUCCAGAUUGUUAUGCAAGGAGAGCGCACUCUUUGUACUGAUCCUCGAAUGCCCAACUUGCUUGUUCAAAGCAUGAAUGGCAAGGAAUCUCACAUAAGGAAAUCGCUGCGCACCAUAGAGAGGAAGCUCAUCAAUGGAUCUGAAAGGAGGAACGAAAGAAAUGUGACAGAAGCUCGUUCACUUGUCAGAGGCUCUACUACUUGCAUUAAUAAUGGAGUAUUGGCAAUUGCAGCCAACACACGGACACUUAGGAGACAAUCACUAACAGGUGCUGGUUCAGAUCAGUCUCGCCGGUCUUCUCUGGGUGGCAAGUCCACUAAUUCCAAUGUAAGAGACACAAGGAAUGCCAAGACGCCUCCUCCAGUCCACCCAUCAUCUACGAUAGCAAAGCGUUGGCUGUAGCUAUAGAUGGCGAAAUUUAGUGUUCAAUGACCAGCGAAGUGAUGCUUUGACUCGAAGCUGAUUGAAGUUUUGACAUGAUAGAUGAGACUGAGAAUUGACGAGGGAAAGACUGAAGAGUUAGCCGACAAACGCA